GCCGGUUUUGAAGCAACAGCUUCAUGGUGAUUAUUUUGUCUAUAUUUGUCGAGUGAUCAAAUUAUUUUGUUAAAAUUCAAUAUGAUUUAUGUUAAAACACUUUUUGCUUGUGCUUUGCUCAUUUCAAUUGUGACCGCUCAAAUUCCCAAUUUUGGACGAUGUCCUGAUUAUGAUGUUAUGAGAGAAUUCGAUCAUGAAAAUUUCUGGGGAAAAUGGUAUGAAAUUGAGCGUUACUUUGCCGUAUCAGAAUUGGCAUCCCGAUGUGUCUCGGUCACAUAUGAACGACGUGCUGAUGGAAAAAUCUACGUGAACAACGAAAUGACAAAUCGAUUCACAAAUGUUCAGCGAAUUGUCUCUGGUGUAUUGAAUCAAACGGCAAAAGAUGAUGAAGCAACAUUUACCGUAAGAUACACUGGCCUUCCGGUUAAUUAUGAUACCACGCUUCAUGUUUUAGACACUGAUUACGAUUCAUAUGCUGUAGUAUGGUCUUGUAACUCCUUGGCGGGUCCUGUUGGUCACACUGAAUCUGUGUGGAUUUUGGCUAGGGAGCGAAUCCCAGAUGGGCCUGUAAUUCAAACAGCAUACGGUGUAUUGGAUAAAUUCAAAAUAUCGAGAACAUUCUUCGUGAAAACCGAUCAAACCAAUUGCGAAGUCGAAGGCGAUCCGGAUGAAGCAGUCGAUGGGCCAGAUUCUGGAUAUGAUAUUGUUGUUGAUGAUGAUACAGUCGGUACGGAAUUGGUGAACAAUCAAUACGGUCACGACAAUCCCCAAAUCCAUCAAGUGCAACAUAUUGCACAUGUUCAGAAUUUACAGCAAUUCGCACCAGCAUUCCCCGUUCAACCUGUCUAUCAUCCAAAUGUUCAUAAUCACGGUCAACCUAUUUAUUUCAAACAAAAUGACCAACCAGCCGAAAAAGCAGCACUGAGUUCAACUGAAACGGCGGAUAAAGCAACACAAAAUAAAACAAGCGACAAUCAAAUUGAACAAGCGAAGGAAAUGCAGAAAAAUGAAAGCACCGAAAAAUCACAGAAAAUAGAAACAACGAAAUUACCAUCGCCCAUGAAUGAGGUUCUUGCUGUUAAUGCAACAGCGAAAAAAUUGAAAUAAACAAAGCAAAAUAAUAAAAUUAUUGAAAAAAAUACGUUAAUAAUCAUACAUUUAAUUUGAUUUGCCAAGUGUUACAAGCAUACACACAUUAUAUUUAUUUAUUUAUUUUCAAUACAUUUUGUAAACGUAAAAAAGCGACUAAUAAAUAACCAAUCAAGAAA